GUGUGAGCGCUUAUCGCUGACUUCACACUUCUCGGUCUUGUUAUGGUGCGGGACGCCCAGUGGAAACAUCUCCAACCUGAUUGGAGUUUUUCUCUCGUUAAGUCUGAACUGCGAUCAAAAUCAAGCUGAAAUAAGCAGAUUUAAACGGGACAGAGAUGGAAAUAUCAAUGGAGGCGGAAGAUGCAGAGCGCAGAUGGGAACUCUGGAAGCUUCUGUCUAAUCUGAAGACGACUGUUGAAGGACUGCUGUCAACCAACAACCCAAAUGUGUGGUCUCGCUAUGGGGGUCUUCAGCGCCUGCACAAGGACAUGAAUAAUAUACUGGGACAUGGACUAAAGCAUGAACAGGUUUACUAUAAACAAAAAGACUACUGGCGUUUUGUGUGGUGCGUGCGCUACCUCUCUCCUCAUUUGGCCCGUCAUGUGGAACAGUUCAGUCAGUUGGAGCCUGUUUUGAGCAGUGGCAUGCAGUGCUUUGGAGAGGGUUAUAAAGCUGAACGCUGGCUGUUACACAGUCUUCAAGGUCAUAUCUUAUCUGCACAGCUUAAGCCAUUACUGCAGCACAGGGGAAAUAUACAGAAAUAUUACAACGAUGAUGCCUUUCUAUUAAGCGAACCUCACGUGUGCGCCAUGUUCCAAUGUCUGGAGGCGGUGGAGCAAAAUAACCCUCGGCUGUUGGCCCUCAUCGACACUGUCCGGCUAUCUCAUUUGAAAGAGUCUCCUCCCUUUGGCUUGCUGAAGAGUCAGAGUAUGUGUUUGCUGCCAGGGGUGUCAGGAAGUUGGAAAACUGCAGGCAACUUGCAGUGCCGCAGGCUCACGGAGAUUCCCAGCACAUCACACUCUGAGAAAAUCUCAGAUUCUGCGCCGUCCAGCAGUACGCAAGGGGCUCCAUGGGUGUGCGGCGGACGAAAUCAAAGCCCCCCGAACACAAAAAUACCUCAGAUUGCCUUUACAGAACCCAGGUCACCUGCUCCGGCCGAGGUGCGGGAUUGCACGGAAGUGGAUCUGGAUGACGGUCCGGAAUAUCUUGCAAUCGGUAAUCUAGGGAAGCGCAGACGUCGGGACUCGUCCAGCUCCACGCCAAGCAGUGAACACCUGGAAACGCAGGGCUCCACACAGAUGGCUUUGGGUCCACCUCCACUGCGACGCUGCUCUUUCUCAGAGGCUCAGAGGAGUAUUGGGCGGAGCUCCAAGGGCCAUACGCGAUCUUUUUCUGAUACAGGCAUCUCACAAAAACUGAAAAAUGGAGAGGGUCACAGGAAAAUCACCAUUAUUUUCGAGGACCCUGUCGCAGAAUCUGUUACAGAUACGCCAUGCUCGAAAAGCUGUGAUCCAUUCUCACCCCAGAGCAGAGAUAGCAGUACACACAGUUCUCUUUAUAUGGAAUCAAAUGGUUUCCAGAACAACAGUAUACCAGAUGGAUUAUUUCGCAGACCCUCCGAGGGUCAGAGUCUGAUCAGCUACCUCUCAGAGCAAGACUUCGGCAGCUGUGCUGAUCUCGAAAAGGAAAACGCCCACUUCAGCAUCUGUGAGUCGCUAAUAGCAGCUAUCGAGCUGAUGAAGUGUAACAUGCGGAGGCCGGCAGACGAGGCGGAGGAAGAAGGCGACAGCGACACCGAGAUUCAACAGCUCAAACAAAAAAUCCGUCUGCGCAGGCAACUGAUAAGACGCAGCCGGGUGCCCCCACCUGCUGCUUCACAAAAUGGUGCUCCAUCCGUUGACACUGGCGGCUCACGCCGGAGUUCCCAGGAUUCCUUUCAUCCCUCUGACUCGGGCUCGGAUAGAGAAGUAGAAGACAUUGAGCUCAGAGAUGGCAGUGAAGGUCAGUCCUUGCUGGCGGUGUCUCAGAACGGACUGUCCCUGUCUCUCGCAUCCCUCUUUUCAGAUGCAGAUAUCAAACGCAGUGCUACCUCCAGCAGUCGAUCCUUCCUCAGUUCAGACUCAAUCUCUCCAUCAAUGCCAUCAAUGCUACAAUCCAACUCGGCCGAGUCUGUGGCUAUGGGUCUCCUCAGACAGUUUGAGGGCAUGCAGUUGCCCGCUGCAUCCGAGCUGGACUGGCUGGUUCCAGAACAAGAUGCUCCUCAGAAGCUUCUUCCAAUACCAGAUUCUCUUCCCAUAUCUCCUGAUGAUGGCGAACACGCCGACAUUUACAAACUACGGAUUCGAGUUCGAGGGAAUCUAGAGUGGGCCCCUCCGAGACCACAGAUCAUCUUCAACAUUCACCCAACUCCAAAGAAGAAAGUUGAAGUUGCUAAGCAGAACUACCGCUGUGCUGGUUGUGGCAUUCGAAUCGAACCAGAGUACAUAAAGCGACUGAGGUACUGCGAGUAUCUGGGACGGUUUUUCUGCCAGUGCUGUCAUGAAAACGCCCAGGCCCUUGUACCCGGAAAGAUCCUUAGGAAGUGGGACUUUAGUAAAAGCUAUGUCAGCAACUUUGCUAGGGACUUGCUUGCUAAGAUCGCCGGAGAUCCUCUCUUCAACCUAAAUGACAUCAACAGCAGCCUGUACAAGAAGAUCAAAGCCGUGGAUACAGUGCGAGCAUUAAGGGAACAGCUAAACCACAUGAAGAAUCUCUUACGAACGUGCCGUUUAUCUAAAGAGGUUUUGGAUCAGUUCGAUAUGCUUCCUGGACAUCUGACAGAAGACUUCCACCUCUUCUCUCUCAAUGACCUCAGCGCUGUACGAAACGGCAACUUGGCCCCGAAGCUACGGGACCUUCUCCGACUCGGCUCCAACCACGUCAAAGACUGUAUGCUGUGCCAAGCCAAGGGGUUCAUUUGUGAGUUCUGUGGAAACGACAAAGACAUUAUCUUCCCCUACGAGCUGAACAAGUGCCUGCGUUGUGAUGAUUGUCAUGCGUGCUAUCAUAAGUCCUGCUUUAAGGGUGGGAAGAAGUGUCCUCGCUGUAUGAGACUGGCUGAAAGGAGGGAGCGAAUGGCUCGCAAGAAUAUGGUGGAGCAGGAGGACGGAGAGCAGGUGGACGGAGAGCAGGAGGCAAGCGGCACCUAGCACACAACGUAGAGUAAUCGACAUCAUGUUAAAAGCACAACGGAACGGUGAAUGUACUGACUGAAUUCAACCUUACUUGAUUUCCGUCGCGAAUAAGCUGCCACCUAGAGGAUUAUCAAAGCUAUGAAGUUUUAUGUGAAAAUGGUGCGUUUUACGAUCUGCCAUUUUGCGUUGCUUCUAUUGCCUCCAACUCUAAACGCUCAUUUGUUUUUAUCAGGGGGCCAAGUCUUUUUUUGUGUAUGGUAUGAAUGUUUUUUUCAUGUCUGCUUUUUAUUCUCGUACGUGUUUGUAUUAAUGCUACUGUCACGCACCUCUUUAAUAGAUCGGUUAUGAGGAGAAAAGCAACUCCAGAUCUUGCACAAUGUUUGUUUUCUAAGAGCUUUCUCCAAGUGUCAGACGCACAGCUACAAUGGGACUCGUUCAUGAACUUUAAACGGAACGAAUUUCAGUGUAAAUUGUCCAUAGAAACUAACGAAUAAGGCUUAUUCUUACAGAAACUGUCACUUAAGUUCAGUGCACAAAUGAGCCUCGUUGAUAACAAACUAAUAAAACAAAUUUGUGUAAUUGUUUGUAAAACCAUUCUUGCGUAAGUUAUAUCGGAAAUAAUAUAUAAAGAAACAACGCGUUUCUUCACGGUUUUCUCACAAUACUGCUCAUUCGUAAAGGGUUUUAGCUUUUUAAUGACAUCUUUACGAAUUAUGCUUAGUUUGUUUCUAAGCAUACGCAAAUUAGUGGUGUGCAAACGAUUAAUCAUAUACAAAAAAGUUUGUGUUCGCAUAAUAUAUGUGUGUGUGUGUGUACUGUGUGUAAUUAUUAUGUAUAUUUAAA